GUCGCCGGGAGAGCGAGCGGGCUGUGUACCCGGCAUGCCCCGCGCUAGGGAAAAUGGCGGCCCCCCGUCGGUGACUCUUCCGGGUGGCUGGGCUGAGGAGGGCCAGGGUCGGGGUCCCUGACGGGAGCCGAGCAUGGCGGGGUUACGGUGGCCUGUGAGGCCGGCGGCCGGGGCGCUGAGGGCAUGGGGCCCGCGUGGGCCGCACCGCGGCAAGACUGUGCAGGCCCCCCGCAGGCCGCUGCCCCGCACGCCCUGGACCACCCGCGGGCCGCCCGCGGGGGCCCCGCUGCCCCGCAGCUGGCAGGACAAGCGGCCGGUGCAGGAGCAGAUCCCCGGGCUGGAGCAGGUCACCUACGCGGGCAAGCAGCAUUUCGUGCCCUGGCUGGCCCGGCCCCGCCACCCGCGCUGGGAGCGGGGCUGGCACGACCCCCGGCACUCCCCGGGGCCGCGCUACGAGGAGAUGCCCCGCUACAAGGAGCGCGUCUGCUACGUGUGCCACCAGCGAGCCAAGAUGCUGGAAGGUAGCGGGCGCGGGGGAGAGGGGCUGGGUUCUGACCCAAAAGGGAGUCGCAGGGAGAUCACAUGUGUUUGUUUUUUUUUGUGGGGGUUGGGGAAAUCACUGGGUUUCCACCCUUACUUCUGUGCUGAGUGGCUGGAGAGUGGUGGCUGUUGGCCAGGUGCUCAACUCUGAAGGCAGCACCAUGCCAGCAUCAGCGCACAAUUAAGGGUGGGAAUACCAUACUAUGCCAUCCUUACUUCUGCACUGCUGC